CUGUAGAGAGAAUUAACUGGAAAGUUAGCAAAUUAGAGGAGAGAUUAUAGUUUUACUCGUCCACAACACACACAAAUUUGUUGGACGGGAAACCAAUCACGGACUAUGUAGAAACACAUCAUAUUUCAAUUGUCAGCUGUGUUUAAACAGGCAGAAAUCAAGAGAGAGAAAUGAUACGGUGAAGAUCAGAUUUCUUUCACUUACAGAGAGGUCAUUUUCAAUCUCUUCAAUUUCUUAACGGAUAAGAGAGAGGGAUUGUACAGCAAUAACGGAAAAUGGCUCCUGCAAACAAGGCUGAGAAGAAGGCAGCAGGUGAUGCAGCUGCAUGGAUGUUCAAUGUGGUCACUUCUGUUGGAAUCAUCAUUGUCAAUAAGGCCUUAAUGGCUACAUAUGGUUUCAGCUUUGCUACGACGUUGACUGGUAUGCAUUUUGCUACGACCACCUUGAUGACGGCGGUUCUUAGAUGGCUGGGAUACAUCCAAACUUCCCAUCUACCUUUUUUGGACCUUUUGAAAUUUGUACUGUUUGCAAACUUCUCUAUUGUCGGGAUGAAUGUCAGUUUAAUGUGGAAUUCAGUAGGAUUCUACCAGAUUGCAAAGUUGAGCAUGAUACCCGUGUCAUGCUUGCUGGAAGUUGUAUUAGACAAGAUUCGAUAUUCAAGAGAUACAAAGCUCAGCAUUUCUUUGGUGCUGUUAGGUGUUGCUGUCUGUACAGUUACAGAUGUUAGUGUUAAUGCCAAAGGGUUCAUUGCAGCCUUUAUUGCUGUUUGGAGCACUGCACUGCAACAAUAUUACGUCCAUUUCCUCCAGAGGAAAUAUUCUCUAAGUUCUUUCAAUCUGCUGGGGCAUACUGCACCCGCCCAAGCAGCAACUUUGCUGGUAGUGGGCCCCUUCCUGGAUUAUUGGCUUACAACUAAGAGAAUUGACCACUAUAAUUUUACCUUUCCGUCCACGGUGUUCCUAAUUAUGUCGUGCACAAUUGCAAUAGGCACCAAUCUGAGUCAGUUUAUCUGCAUUGGCAGAUUUACUGCUGUAUCAUUCCAAGUGCUUGGCCAUAUGAAAACCAUCCUUGUGUUGAUGCUGGGGUUUUUAUUAUUUGGGAAAGAGGGGCUUAAUUUACAAGUGGUGCUUGGCAUGAUAAUUGCAGUCAUGGGAAUGAUCUGGUAUGGCAAUGCGUCGUCUAAGCCUGGUGGGAAGGAGCGGCGUAGUCAUUCAAUGUCCAAGAGUGGCCUGCAAAAGGACUCAGAAUCUUCCGAUCCAGAUGAGAAGGUCUGAAGAAUUUUUAGCCAAGAAAGAUGAAAACCUUUACAGGAUAAAUUUAGUUUUCUGACAAUAGGUAUGCCUAUAGACCCAAUUAAGUUAAUGCCCUCUGAAUUUUUGUAAUUCAUAUAUCUACCUGUUUUUUUACUCCCAUUUGAAAGGGGGAGUUCAAGACUGCAGUAUAGUAAUUAGUAAUUCCUGAACCCAGUUCUCCACUUCUCCAUUUUUUUGUCUCACCACUCAUUUAUAAUUAUCUUUUAUAUAGAUCAAUUCCUUCUCUUGUGCACUA